AUGGCUGGUCCCGGAGGCGGUCCUCCCCGUCGCAGCCACACCAAGUCGCGCAAGGGCUGCGAAACCUGCAAGCGUCGGCAUAUUCGUUGUGAUGAAAACUUCCCUCAAUGCCGAAACUGCACCAAGCACAAGAUUCGCUGCCCCUACAAUGACAUGCCCGCCAUGGAAGACCGGUCAACGACCCCUGACAAGCCGGAUCUCAUGUGGACGCCCAGCAUCGUUGCCGAUAUUGAGCAGUGGCAGCGCACCGGAAUCUUUCCCUUCCCCAACCUCUCCAUCUCCUCAACCCCCAACCCGGCCGAGUACAGCCUGGAAGAUCUUCGCCUGAUCUACCACGUUGCCUCGAUCAGCAACGAGAUGGAAGGUUUGGGUGCCACCAACUUCACGCUCUGGACACGCCAGAUUCCUGCCAUCAUCAAGCUCGGCUCGACGCACCGUUAUGUGAUGCACUCCCUGCUGGCUUUCUCCGCCAUGCACAUUGCUUUCCUCACCGACUGUCCCAUCGUUGGUAACCUAGCGUACGAGCACCGCGGUAUUGCUCUCAAGGGCCUGCAGGAGGGCAUCGGCUCAUUUGGCCCGGAAACCUCUGAUGCUGUCUUGGCUGCUUCGCUGGUUCUCUCCUGGCAAGCCACUGACUGCGUCAAUUCCCGCUCGUCUACAAGAGGUCAAUCUAACUCAGCAAAGGUUGUCGAUGCCAUGGCUUCCUGGAGCCACGACUCUCAGUUUUACGACUGGAUCAGGGAAACCGGCACGUUCCCAACGGCCCCUCCUUCGCCCACCCCGGAUCACAGGCCCAGCCAGCCGCGCAAGGAAGACCUAGAUGCCCUGAACCGGACUCUCGCUCAGUUGCAGAAGGUCGAGGCCCACCAGAAACACAACAAGGAGGACACAAAGCACAUCCAGCAGCUCAUCAGCUUUCUCAAGGGAUCUCGCAAAGUCAGCCCGACCUUGUCCGUCGCCCAGCAGUUUGAACGCCUCCGUCCCCUGCGUACCUGGCUUUUCUACCUGCCCGUCAUGGCCCUCCAGCAGAGUGGUUGCUCCGUCAAUUCCCUGGUGACCAUCGCCCAUUAUUACACGGUUGCCGUUCUGAUGGAGCGCCUGUUCCCUGAGAUCGGUGCUGCAUACUUUGGCAACCUUUCCAUUGCGCCCGUCGAGGAGAUCGCCCGCUGCCUGUUGUCCAUCAACAUUUCUGGUUCCAUCGAGGGUGAUCUUUCUACGCCGAUGAAGCUGAUGCAUUUCCCUUUUGGACAUGGUCCAAUGGAGUUCCCGCAACCGCAUCGGAUGACAACGACACCCAGCUAUCCUCCGCCUGAGGACCCUUACCUGCUCUCGUCGACGGCGCACUCGACAGUUCCCUCCCCCUUUCUGCAGCCCGAACAACUGGGCAUGCUGCCUCUUCCGGAGUCGCCGAUCCCCCUGCUCGCCUCGAUGCCUCGCCACCGCCGGCCGACCCCACCCUCGUCUUCCGUGCAGGGAGAGUCUCCCAGUGCCAUCAGUGCGCCCUUCCCCCCACGUCAGCUUGGUCCUGGCCCGUCCCCUCCGCCGGCAUACCUGCACAGGAGUGAGAAAGGCAAGGAGCGCGAGCUGUAG